CAUAUCCCCAACUUCUCAAGCCGGGGGUUGGUUGUUGAGGUAUUUGGCUCUCUUGUCCUUGCUAGACAUGCUUUUUUUUUCUUCUCUUUUCUCAGGUUGCUCCUUUUGCUUAACAUCCUACCUAUGCAAAGUAGUCUCGAGACUCAUCAUAUUGAGUCUAAUAACGAAAUGUCUCGGGACGACCCCAACCGCUAACAAUAUGGAUCCAACACAGCGACACGCAAUGUAAACAAAGUAAAAUUUCUUGGGACAAUCUUGAAAUCCUCGAUACCACUCAGGAUAGCGUCUCCUAUCUCUCAACGCUUGGUACGACUGGGCGCCCCGCAUGGCGAUAUGAACUGACCGGGACUCGUUUGCGAAGACAUGGUUCCUGCGUCUUGAACCCGGCCGGUUGGUGGGAGCAAAAGAGUCAUUUAAGUAGCCCCUCGCCUCUUGCAUAUUGACCGUAGAUCCGUUUCUUUCCUUCUUCCUCACCACCACCCUGCAAUCCUUCUGGUCGCUCGCCCACACUUGAUCUUGCCUUAGUCAAUCCUUCUCAAGACACGCUCCUCCCAUCUCCACUCCCAAAGAUGAAGGUCAACUUCUCCCUCGCCCUGGCCGGCCUCGCGGCCCUCGCCAGCUCCUCCCCGUGCCAGGCCAAGCCCGUCACCACCAACAGCACGAUGCUCUCCCACUGGCCUUCGGCGGCGGCGACGUCGCUCGAGGCCAUGAUCAAGCGCAACGCGCACACGGGAGCCUACGCGGCGUUCGACAUGGACAACACGUCGUGGCGCUUCGACGUCGAGGAGUCGCUGAUCCCGUACCUGGACAACAAGGGCGUGCUGAGCCGGGACAAGCUCGACCCGUCGCUCAAGAUCAUCCCCUUCAAGGACACGGCGACGUACAAGGAGUCGUUGUACAGCUACUACAGCCGGCUGUGCGACAUCGACGCCAUGGUCUGCUACCCCUGGGCGGCGCAGGUGUUCUCGGGCAUGAAGCUGCGCGAGCUCAAGGGCUGGGUCGACGAGCUCAUGACCUUUGAGGGCGGCAUCAUCAACACGACGCAGUGGGUCGGCAACGCCGUCCAGAACGUGUCGGUCAGCCGGCCCAUCCCCUUCCGUGCGCAGCAGCAGCUUUACAACGCGCUUAUGGACAACGGCAUCUCGGUCUACGUCGUGACCGCGUCCAACGAGGAGCUGGUACGCAUGGUGGCGUCGGAUCCCAAGUACGGCUACAACGUGCCGCCGGCAAACGUCAUUGGCGUGACGACUCUGCUGUCCAACGCCUCGGACCCGUCGAACCCAACCACGGCGCGCAAGGCGAUCGAGGACGGCGUCUACGACCCCGAGGCCUUCCUCGACCUGACCAUCACGCCCUACCUGUGGACGCCGGCGACGUGGAUGUCGGGCAAGUACGGCGCUAUCCUGACCUACAUCAGCCAGUGGCGCAAGGCGGUGCUGGUGGCGGGCGACACGCCCGACAGCGACGGUUACAUGCUGUUCCACGACGUUGACGUGGCAAAGGGCGGCGUCAGGCUGUGGAUCAACAAGAAGCAGAGCAACAUGGAUCAGCUGCAGGGCAUGAUUGCCAACAACACCAUGGAGCAGGCCAGCCUGGGACAGGAGGUCACCGCCGACAAGAACUGGGUUAUCGUGAAGCCCGAAGAGAUUCUGUAGAGGAUCUAGACUCGCUGGAUUUAAUGUUUGUCAUGGCUUUUGUGUGUUUGGAUAUAAUAAAAUAUGCAAUGGGGUCUGAUGGACGCCACAGGCAUGGAAAUUUAUGAUAGAUGAUAGACAAAUACCCUCUAAAUAGUAAAAUAAUCGACUUUCAAAAGUUGUGGUCUGUGA